CUUGCACUGCCCGGGGAUUUUUCGAUAUCGACGUCAACGUCCAAUAUGAGCGUGUCAGAAAUCGACGAUCUUCAUUUGCCUGGGGCACAGCUGCUAAGCCUUGCAGAGAUCUGUGACUGACCAAUUUCCAAAAAUGUAAGCUUUUCAAAGGGCUGGAAGAAGAUAUAAGAGGAUCAGAUCGUCUCGAUCAUCUAAUUUCUUACUUAUACGCGCUACGACUACUAUCUCUUAUUACUAUCAACCCCACUCUAUCUUUUGCAGACACCAUGGAAAAUCCAUCAUAUCCUCACCAGCCUGCUGGCUUUGACCGUCUCUAUCACAUUUACCACACCAUAUUCCACUAUGAUUACCACGUCAUGGACAGCGAUAAAAGACAGCUCUUCCACGUGGACAACUCCUCGUUAACACCAAAGAAGCCUGAUCUCACAUUCCAUGCUGGCACAACCACUCAAGCACCGGUCGUGUCAGUUGGUAAAUUUCUCCAUUUCUCAAGGCACUUCAAAAUCGGCCUAGGAAACCCUCAGCAUCCCAACACUGUCGUAUGGGAAGAUUUGGUCUGCCAGGGUUUCGCGCAUGUCAAACACACCAUACAAGUAACGACCAGGAGCAACAAAGGCGCCACUAGACGGUCUUUUGUUUGGAAGAAAACUAGUUCAGUAGGAGUUGCGGGCUCAACUCCGUCCCUGCUGGGCAAUCGCAACUACAAAUUGGUGGAUGAGUCGGGGAAGAUCGCUGCAAUCUUCACCCAAAGCUCGUAUAGCUACAAGAAGGCUGGAAAACUCGAAGUUUGUGCCGACUACGGCCAGGGAUUCGAUCUGAUGGUCCUCACGACUGCUCUUUGUUUAUUCGAAAGCCAGAGACGGCGCAGCAACAGCAGCAGUGGGGGCGGUGGUGGAGGUUUGAAUUCUGAUACCAUACAGUGUGAUGAAGCUCGGCCAAUAUGUUCCAAUUGCUCUAAACGCCAGUCGGAAUGUGAAUAUGAAUCUACCAGCUCCAUAAGAUGGACAAACGAGAGUCCGCGACCUCGUCAUCAGUCCUCAAACCAACCCAGCCCUGAAGGGUCCCAACAAGCAGAACCAACACUAGCGACAGACAGCUCCUUUGACAUCCUGGGAAAACUCAGCGUAGGUGAGGGCACUGCUGCUUCUCCCGUCAGUCUGAAUUUCAGCAAUCUGGAGUUGAUGAUGCAAUGGUGCAACUCGACGUACCAUUCUCUGUCCCGAAAUGGGCGGACAGAUCCCGUCUGGCGCUCUCUGGUUCCCGAGGAGGCAUUAUCACAGCCCCUCCUCAUGCAUGGGAUAAUGUCACUAUCCGCACUGCAUCUGGCUCGAACAAAGGAUAACCAUCGUCGGCCGGAAUACAUCAGCACAGCCGUUGCACACCAGAAUCAAGCACUCGCCCUCUUUCGCGAGUUUCUGGGUGAUGUCAAUUCUUCAAACGCGAAGGCCAUGUUUGCUUUCGCUGGUAUCGUGGUCGUCUACUCAUUUGGAUUUCCUCAAACCCCAGGCUGGAAAGACCCAUGGACCUGUGUUGAUGAUCUGCUCCAGGUACUCGUCUUGUGUCGUGGUGUACAGCAAGUACUUAGUGCAUCUUCAACCUCCGUACGAGACAGCAGUUUCGGCCCACUUCUACGAUUAGAUGACUACGAGUCGUAUUUACCAGAAAACAUCAGGUCAGCCUUGGAACGAUUACAAGAAGCGAACGAAGCCUACGGUGCCCAUGAUGCUACCCACGAAACAGACCUUUACCAUGACACCAUUGAAAAACUUGAACAGAUGAUGAGUGCGAUGCAUGGGGGCAUGAACUCGAUGACUGUUGUCUGCCGGUGGGCAAUUAGAGUGGAAUCUGCAUACGUGGAUUUGUUGAGAGAACACAGGCCCUUGGCGCUGGUUAUUCUGGUACACUAUUGCCUGGCUUUGCAUUUUCUGCGGCAUAAUUGGUGUCUUGACGAGUGGGGUGUCAGGGUCUCCAAAGCCAUUUGGUUCAUGCUGGACGACCAGUGGAGGCCAUUGGCUCAAUGGGCCAUGAUGGAGAUUCAUGGGCGGGAUUUUACAUUUGAUGUGGAGAUGAGCUGA